AUCAAUGCUAUCCUUUCUCCUCUGUGAUAUGCUAACUCCUACUGCAACUCCUGCGAUACGGAAAGGUUUCCCUGUUGAAGCCCGGGUAGUAGCGAGGAUUCUUCCACAGUUUCUAGGUCACUUUUUCCCUCCGCAAGAUGUGAUGAACAAGGUCAUUGGGGAGUUCUUGUCAAACCAACAGCCCUACCCACAGUUUAUGGCAACAGUUGUUUACAAGGUCUUUCAGACAUUGCAUGCCACCGGCCAGUCCUCCAUGAUCCGUGACUGGGUCAUGCUGUCUCUCUCCAACUUCACUCAGCGAACACCCGUUGCCAUGGCGAUGUGGAGCCUCUCCUGUUUUUUUGUCAGCAGGUGGAUUUCAGCAAUUCUCCCGCACGUCAUCAGCAGAAUGGGCAAAUCAGAACUGGUGGACGUCAACUUGUUUUGCCUGGUUGCCAUAGACUUCUACAGACAUAAGAUCGACGAAGAACUGGACCGGAGAUCCUUUCAGUCAGUGUUUGAGCUGGUGGCUUCCCCCGGGAGUUCCUAUUACCGCCUGUUGUUGUGUUUACAGAAUGUGCAUAAGAUCACGGCGUUCUGAUUGUGUUCGCCUUCAAGAUAGGAAUAGAUAUCCCCUGCCCAGAGACUUCUGGGACAUGAAAACCCUCACCAAAUGGAAGUGGAGCUCCUGCGACCUUCUGAUUAUAAAUGUAAAUUUGCUUCAUUAAUGUGACCGUCCGUAUCACAAGUGGGCGUAUUUAUGGUAGGGAUCUGAUUAUGGAUGCUUCUUGGUUGGAAUUUCCAAAAAAAAGAAGUGUGUGGCCGAAUGACAGAAUAUUGUAGGUUAUUACUGUUGCAUAUGUUUUAUUAGCAGAAUAGGGACAGAUGUGCAAACCCAUCACUGCGCUAACCUUUCUCUCUCUCAUAAUUUGACUUAUAGUACAGGUAUGGGAGCGGUUAUCCAGAAUGCUCAGGACCUGGGCUUUUCCGGAUAACGGAUCUUUCCGUAAUUUGGGUCUUCAUGCCUUAAGUCUACUAGGAAUUCAUUUAAAGAUUAAAUAAACCCAAUAGACUGGUUUUGCUUCCAAUAAGGAUUAAUUAUAUCUUAGUUGGGAUCAAGUACAAGCUACUGUUUUAAUAUAACAGAGAAAAAGGAAAUCAUUUUUAAAAAUCUGGAUUAUUUAGAUAAAAUGGAGUCUAUGGGAGACAGCCAUUCCGUAAUUUGGAGCUUUCUGGAUAUCAGGUUUCCGGAUAAGGGAUCCUUUACCUGUACAAGGGUUUGGUAUUUAUCCUGAGCCUUCUGCACCAGAGCAUCCCCCAUAAGAUAAAUAGAUGCAAAAAAUGGACGUAUAUUGCAAUUAUUAUGUAUUUUUAUGUAUUAGGGAUUUCCAACCUGAAGCUUUCCAGCUGUUUUUAAAGGUGAACUAUCGCGAAAAUGAAAAUUUAAUAUAAGCUUCCUCAUACUGAAAUAAGAAACUUUCUAAGCGGCGUUAACAGCAGGUGGUGCAGUUUCAAAUUCACUUUAUUAGUAGUGAAAAAAGUGCUUAUAUCUUGAAAAGGAGAAAAAAAUAUAAACUGCAAAAUUACUCAGAAGAGUGCUCUGGGCAGUUUUUGGGAAAUUUAAAAUUCACUUCCUCAUACUGAAAUAAGAAACUUUCUAAAUACAAUCAAUUAAAACUUCUGCAUUGUUUCUGAAAUAAUCAAGUUUAUCUUCACUAUUCCUCUCUCAGCAUCUGUUUCUCUUCAUUCUCUCUUCAUGCAGCAGUUGGGUGUCAGAUAUUCAUUGAAAAGUGAGCCCCACAUGCAAAGGGUUAAUAAUAAUAAAAAUAAUGAUAAUUACAA